AGCAGCGACAAUUACGCACCGCACCCCCGGCACGGGGAAACGAGAAGCUUGGCAUGCAGGGCACCGUGCGUGCCACGGGUGCCGGGCACCUGCAACGGGCUCAGCGGGUUGCGCGCGACCGCCUGCUGCGGCAGCUGGAGCAGCAGCGCGUCCACUGCGUCCGGGAGCUUGAUCGCCGCGUGGACGCCGAACGUCGACUGCUGGCGACCAUCGCCGAGAGCCGCUCCACGGCCGCCACCCUGGCCGGUCCCGUCGCCGCCGCUGUUGCCGCCGCCGCCACCGCUGUCACCGCCACCACGCGGUCUCCGGUGCCGCGAGGCCGAGCGGAGAGAUCCUCGCUCGUGCCGGGCGAAGUCGUAGGUGCGAGUGACACGAAUAGCUCUGCUGUUUGUGCACCCGGUGUUUCGUGUGAGUCUGCACUCCGCUCAGAUCACGGAGCUCCUCAUCGACACAAUCACCGUUAUCCUCAUCAUUAUUCACAGCAUCGUUUGGCCUCCCAGAGCCAGCCACUCACUAAGUUGUCACUGCCAUCGCCUCACGGGGAAACAUCCAGCCUGUCUUGCCUGAAUGGCUCCACUGUUAAUCACAAUGGUGAUGAACAAACUCAAAGGUCUGACUGCUUAGAGGACAAACAUACGUCAACUGGGAGCAAAGACAGUGACACGAAACACGAUCACCAAUGCGACGACCACCACCGUGUCCACCACUGUGGUAACCGCCGCCAUGCCCGGCUCCAGCACGGCUAUCGCCGCAUCGCCCAAGCAGACCUUGAGGAAAUGGUGCCAACGUACACGGGCGGCGACGAACUUCGUGCGGUCGAUGAACGAGAGGAGCUCCCGUUGGCGUUUCCCUGCCGCCACCGCAGCCGCCAGCGUCGCGGCCGCUCACCCGCCACCCGCGCCAGCGCGCCGUCGGGGCCUCGCACGGGCGUGCGGGCGCGGCGCGACGAGGCGGCGCGCGCCCGCAAGGCGGAGCGGGCCCGGCGGAGGAGGGAGCGCAUCACGGAGCGGACGAGGCUGCCGCCGCUCUGGGGCCGCGGUCGGCACGGCGAGGGGGCCGGCGAGGCGGCACCGGAGCAGGGCGACUGGGCGAGGGUGCUGCGCGACGUGCGCUACUUGCGCAUUCGCGACUGCGGGGAGGGCUCGCACGCGAGCGGUGAACCGGAGCAGGGAUGCCGGGACGGGUCGGCCGUCGAAUGAGAACAGCUGCUAAACACGUCCACGGGUGGUAACGCAUAGGCUUAUAUGCAUAGGCCUACUUCAAUCCACUGCUGGAUGAAGACCUCCCCACAUCGCGUGGGUAUUGUGGGUUGAAGGGGGAAGCCCAGGAGAGGUUCGCAUCUCACUCGCCACUGAAGUUGGCUUGUAGCCUGGCUCACAGUCACAGCCACUGCCCUCCAGACAAUGGGUUUGAUUACAAUGCUGAAGCCUGUAUACCUGCAGCAUAACAAAAGGCGGCUUAAUCCUAGCUUGCUUAUCUACUUCUGCCAUCUACAUUACAAAGGCUCAGUCCCAGCAGCCGGACUGACCAUCUCACAACAACUCCUCUCCCGUGGCCCAUCCUGGCUCCUCCCCCCUUAACCAGUAUAUAUAAGGUCGGGUCUCUUGGGACUUCUCUUCACUUGAUACAGCAAUUGUGUUGUGACGGUUUCACCUGAAGACGGAAGCUUGUGUUGCCUCCGAAACAUCGUGAUUUGUAAUUUUAUUUCUAUUAUUAUUUCUAUUAUUUCUUUUUAUUAUUUAUUUUUACCUACGUGAGUCUGUAUACCUGUGUUUGGAGUCUGCGUGAUCUCUACCUGGGGUUCCUCUGGUUUUGCCCUCAACAUUUACAUACAUGACUUUAGAUUAUUUGGCUGCCGCUAUAAAUUCUCAGGCAUGAAAUCAGCCACUGCGAUGAGCUAUCAUCACGUGUUACCAGGUCGCCUCUGAAAACGAGCUACUAGCUCAGUGGGCUGUACCUCGUAAAAUAGUUUAGUGUAGUUUAGACAUUGCAAACCAAGGCUCAUUUUGGCAGCUCCCACUGUUCUCUCUCCAAUGGUGAUGGUUCUACUGAGGCAGUGCUCCUUCAUAACCUCAUCACAACUGGAGGUGACAAUUUAAUAAAAACAUCUCAUCAUUUAAAAUACUGUGGUGAAUGUAGCGUCUCAGGGAUUCGUGUGAACGUAUUACAUAAUGUAACCAAAUGUACACAAUGGGAUUUUUUGCGAGGUAUUGGUGACCAGCAUCGGUCCAUCACAUUCGCUCGGAGAACCUGCAUCUUUUAAAUCCCAGUUUUGGAGCUCAGUGACCGUUUGCGUAAAACACCCGCAGGACGACGCUCAAGUUUCUGCAGGUUCAUCUUCUUGGUUCUUUCGGUAAAGUCACGAAAGAACCAAGAAGAUGAAUCCCUACAGUCACGAAAGCUUUAAAUCGAAAUUUCUGCAGGUUGUCUGACGCGACCGACCCCAGGGUGGCGAUCCCCGAUGUGUGCAGCAGAGGCUCCGUGCCGUGAAGCAGCAGCAGCAGCGUCAUUAUUCGUCCCCAGAGGCCCCCCUCAGACGGAUCGGCGCGAGUUGUUACCGCGGCGUGCAGUCGGCGUGAAGCCACAGAGGCUCCCCACAGUCCCAUCGUCCCUCGCGCGCUUGCCAAUGCAAGGGAGCGGUCGUGCCAUUUCGUGGCGUUUAAGCACGUUCGCGUGCAUAUAUUGCAACGUACAUGAAGCUGCGGGGCAAGUAUAUGCGUGCACGCAUUGGGCGGGCAAAUGGCGUACCCAAGGGAUCACCCGCAUUUUUGGGGAUUCAUAGAAAUCCAACAGCAAUAAAGAGGGGAAACAUUCGCCGCAAUAUUUCAGUCUUCAAUUAAAUUGCGGCCUCGAACUGUGGAAAUUCAGGGAGUGAAUUGAUACAUUUUUAAGGGCAAUUACAUAUCUUUUUCUGCGAUGUAACAAUCCGUCCAGCAGCUGCACUUGAUACCAUUGCUCCAUCUCCUCUGUGGACGUGCUCUCGGACGCGUUUCAUUCCUUGGCUGCCACUCCGUCACUAUUCUUACCCAAGCGUACCCACUUUCCCUAACAGUUAGAACGAUGUCAAUAUCCUACGUAUUUUCUCCAACCCAAGUGCUCCACUUUCUCUCAAUGUAAUUCCAGGAACGCCUUUGGUAUGUCAUAAACAGUAUACGGCUGUGACAAGUCAACCUCGGGUCCCGGUUUGAAUGCAUAGGGCGCGUUAACAUAUUUAUAUAGUAACGUCGUAACGUUACUAUAUAUAGUAACAUAUAGUAAUGUCAUGACGAGAGAGCGAAGAGGCUCUGGUAUUCGGUAAAUAAGCGCUCUUGUAAGCGAGCAGCGCAUGCACGUGACCUUGAAGACACACUGUGCAUACAGUCCUCUCUACUUAACUGGCUUUGGGUAAUUGCGCUAUAAUUAACCGAUGUUUUAUUCACUGCACGCCUGCGUUUUAUUUCUCCUGCAAUUACAGUUUGACGUAAUUUGUUGACAAUUGGUGGCAAUCAGCCCGAUUUUGCAUUAUCUGCACGCGUGAAAAAUGAGCUCGAGGUUGGGUGCGUUCGUACGCUACUUUCGCGACCAAGCUGUAAGCCCUCCGAGCCACGGAACUUGUUCCCGUAAUUGUGAAUAUAAAGAAAAAUUAUAAUGAAAACUGCCGAUUCAACACAAACUAGAAUCAAUCAUUCCGGGACAGGAAUGUCACCGCGUUCUCCAGAAAUUUUACUUCUGCAAAGGAGUUUCCAGCCUUUGAUCCACAUUGAAAAAACACCAAUGAAAAACACAUCUGAAGGGAAUAUCACCGACACUAUAUCAAUGCACCGAUUGAUAUCACUCUGCCUCCUUAUCCCGGAAAUAAUACGGACAGAAUAAUGUAAAUUUAAUAUUUUAGUGUCCUAAAAAUGGAGUUGCACAGAGGCAACACUGAUAGUUUGUUUAAACAUAAUGGUUUUAUGCAUAAUGCAUUAAAAGUACAAGCACUGUUAUGGUUUGCUUGUGGGAUACACAUUACAUUUUUUGUUCGGCGCACGCAGGGCUACAUAUCUCACCUGCUUCUGUAUAGCCACAGUUGCGGGUUUGAUCAAAUCGACUCGGAAGGGUAAGCAAGCUUGAACCUGGAUAGCGCUUGCAUGGGUCAACCACUGGUGGAUAAAGCAGGUGCUAUAGGUCCUGUUGACAUCAGAUGGUAGUCGAGAACAAGCCACCGUUAUGCUGUACUUCUGCACCCCUACUUUCACCAGUCCGCGUUGAGAACUCCCGUGACCCCCGUGUCUCACUGCUCAAAGGAGCAAUCGGGGGUAUCACUCCUAUCCACUGGCAUCCCCAAAGCCACAUUCCCACGCUGUGGCGAGCGGUCUCCCCCGAGGAAAACAACCACUGCUGACGUUACACACAGCGGUGCCGAUUGCAAUCGACCGCGGUGGGAUGAACACGAGCUGCAACGACCCCUUGAAAAGUUGGGCGGCUCGGCGGUCGCGAGUCAUCCCCAGUGCAGGGGAUCCACAGUCUUGGAUGUGCACCUCUUCCCGUCCCUUGCUUCCUGUGACGUGCCGCACUCUGUCCGUCCUCGUGAAACAAAACACUUUCGGUUGUGUCGCCCAGACAUUCAACUUCCUCGUCUCUACCCUCAACCUUACGAGCGAUGCACAAAAUCACCAAGCCCUCUCGUCGCAUCACGUCCCAAACAAAAACCGUCGCCCUCCCUUAUUGUUUCAGGGACUCCCGCACGAAAGGUUUCUCUUGCACACCGCCAACUGCUCACCAUUGCACUCUCUCCACAACCAUGGCUUUGGCAAUCACAGGCAGUGGUGAGAGAACACACAAGUC